UCUGGUUGUGAACAGAGCAAAAAUAAAAUAAAAUAUAUGUAUAUUAAGGAAUAAUAAAAUUUUCUAAAUGGACUGUUGCCGUCGAGCCGGCAGGCGAGUGUGCCUCACCUAUUUGAUGUCAUUUGUGCUGCUUUCGGUGUUUUUCUAUUACUUAAUGGCGUACAACGGGAGUAAUAAGAAGGGAAUCUCACUGCUUCGGGAGGACCUGAACGAUUUAUCGCACAUGCUCCGACAGAAGGGAAAAGAUGUUGGCUGCAAGGAUGCCCAAAUCUCUCAACGAGCCGCGGACGGAGGCAGAUGCGACCACAGGGAUAUGACUGAAUAUGUGGACACGCUGGUGAAGCGCAAGAUCGGAACCCUUAUGGACGACGUGUACAAUUUAAAAAAUCAGAUCAUAAGCUCUGAUUGUUCGGCUCGGACAGAGCAAUCCAGCCCUGAGGGGGAGUCUGCCUAUGUGGCUACAAAUCGCAUUAACUUUGCCUCCGAAGAGAUGGGUGCCAGAAUCAUGCAUGUAAUUGCACGCCCCAUUGGUGGCACUAAUAUGAUCAAGUGGCUUCUGGGCCUAGAAUUUUGUGCGAAUCCACCGGUGAAUAUGCUGCGCCCUAGCCUAGCGCCAGGAGCGUGCUUCGGUUUCAGUGGCAGCCAAGCAUCGGUGGUCCUGCACUUGGCCAAGCCAAUACUUGUGGAGUCUAUUGCCCUGACCCACGUAUCUAGGGAAAUGACCCCGAGUCUGUGCGUAAACAGCGCCCCCAAGGACUUUGACGUGUAUGGCCUGCCCGCGGAUGGCCGCAAAAGGAACCUAUUAGGACAGCUUACCUUUAACAACGACCCCGACAGACGUACCGAAAUUUACAAUGUUAACAGCAACAAUUUCUAUCCGAUGUUGGUCUUGUCUUUCCGCUCAAAUCAUGGCGCGAAUUCUACCUGCGUGUACCGCUUAGAGGUGUAUGGAAGAUUGCAAGAAUUUUAAUUUCGUUAUUGUUUUUGACAAUUCAAAGAUGUAUAUUCUGUAAUUUUAAAAGUCAGAUUUCCAAAUGACCUUUUAAACCAG